CCGGCAGGUUAGCAGACGGCCGGAGCAGGUGAGGUGGAGAACAACUCCGUCUCUUCUGACCCACCAGCUUUGACUCCUCUACCAACUGACCUCUCGACGCUAUGGGGAAGAGCCGGAUACUUGCAGGACCCUGCCUUUUUCUCCUGGGUCUCUUCUUCCUUCCCGGGGGGACCACAACACCGCCCCCAAAACCGCAAUACCUGGUUUUGGUACCUUACGUUGUCCCCACGGAAACCUCCAGGAAGAUCUGUGUCCAGCUGAGCCACCUGAAUGAGUCUGUGACCCUGAGCAUCACCCUGGAAUACGGCUUGCAGAACAGGAGCCUUCUAAGCGAGGUCGUCUCCAAGAAAGACCUCUUCCAGUGCACCGACUUCCAGCUCCCCAAAUGGGAAAGGUCCUUCAACACCCACAUAGCGCUUUUCACAGUGGAGGUGACAGGAGAAACCCUGAGGUACCUAGAUCGGAAGAGAGUCUACAUCGACAAUCAGGAGAGCCUCAUCUUUGUUCAGACCGACAAACCCAUCUACAAGCCAGGACAGAAAGUUCUGUUUCGUUGCGUCUCUCUGAAUAAGGAAUUCAUUCCAGUAAAUGAGAAG